AUGCCAACCUUAGAUGACAUUCUAGAGCAUAUUGGGGAAUUUGACUUGUUCCAGAAGCGAGCCUUUUUUGUCUUAUGCCUGCUGUCUGCCUCCUUCACCCCUAUUUACGUGGGUGUCGUCUUCUUGGGGUUCACUCCCGAACACCGCUGUCUCAGUCCUGGAGUUGCUGAGUUGAGCAGCCGAUGUGGCUGGAGUCUAGAAGAGGAACUGAAUUACACCGUUCCAGAGCAGGGGAGACAUGGGGAGUCUCUCUCUAGUCAGUGCAGGAGAUACGACAUGGACUGGAACACAACUGGCCUCAGCUGCACAAACCCCUUAGAAAACUUCACCGGUUAUGGCAACAGGAGCAGUAUCCCUCUUACCCCCUGUCAAGAUGGCUGGGUUUACGAUUCUUCAGCAUCAUCCAUCGUGACUGAGUUUAACCUGGUGUGUGAGGACUCCUGGAAGCUGGAUCUCUUUCAGUCUUGUGUGAACGUUGGAUUUUUUAUUGGCUCCAUAAGCAUUGGCUACAUAGCAGACAGGUUUGGUCGUAAAUUAUGCCUGUUAAUUACAAUCCUUGUCAAUUCCAUUUCUGGAGUUCUCAUGGCCUUUGCACCAAGCUACACGUGGAUGCUGAUCUAUCGUUUCAUACAAGGACUGGUCAGCAAGGGGGGCUGGUUAACAGGCUACAUCCUGAUCACAGAAUUUGUUGGCUUAAGCUAUAGAAGGACAGUAGGAAUUGUUUACCAAGUAGCCUUUACUGUUGGACUCCUUGUACUCGCUGCUAUUGCUUAUAUGAUUCCUCACUGGAGAUGGCUGCAGCUCACUGUUACGCUGCCAAACUUCUUCUUCUUGCUCUAUUACUGGUGUCUGCCAGAGUCACCAAGGUGGCUGAUCGCUCAACAGAAAAAUGACAAAGCCAUGAAAAUUAUUAACCGUAUUGCCAAGGGAAAUGGGAAAAAGGUGCCUCCCUCUUUACAGAGUCUCAACCCUGAAGAGGAAGAUGGGGAAAAGCUGAGCCCUUCAUUUCUAGACUUGGUCAGAACACCUCAGAUAAGGAAACAUACACUCAUUUUGAUGUACACUUGGUUCACAAGCUCUGUUCUGUACCAGGGGCUCAUCAUGCACAUGGGGAUUGCUGGUGGGAACAUUUAUCUGGAUUUCUUCUAUUCUGCACUGGUUGAAUUUCCAGCCGCCCUCAUACUCAUACUCACAAUUGAUCGCAUUGGCCGUCGCUAUCCCUGGGCUGCAGCAAAUCUGGUGGCAGGGGCUGCUUGCCUUAUUACAGCUUUCAUCCCAGACAAUAUCUAUUGGUUAAAAAUUACUGCAGCUUGCUUGGGCAGAAUGGGAAUUACCAUGUGCUAUGAAAUGGUUUGCCUAGUAAAUGCAGAAUUGUACCCAACAUUUCUCAGGAACCUGGGAGUACUUGUCUGCUCUUCCAUGUCUGAUAUUGGUGGGAUCAUAACUCCAUUCAUUGUCUACAGACUGGCAGAGAUCUGGCAUGAGCUGCCACUUGUAGUUUUUGCUGUGGUUGGUUUAAUUGAUGGUGGACUGGUGCUGCUCCUACCUGAGACCAAAGGGAAAACUUUGCCUGAGACCAUAGAAGAUGCUGAAAACAUGCACAGACAAAGAAAGCGCAAAAAAGAAGUGAUUUACCUGCAUGUUUUAACAACAGAAGUUGCACCUAAUUAA